AUGCCCCUGUUUAUAUAUGUAACGAAGAGGCUAAAUUCAACUCUCAAACAUAUAGUUCAUGAUGCGACUAACUAUAAAUUGCCACAAAAUGCCACUGUAUUUAGUAUGAUCCAACCAACAGGGAAGUUCCAUUUGGGUAAUUACUUAGGUGCUGUUCGAGUCUGGAAAGAUAUAACGGAUUCGAAUGAUGGAACCAGUAGAUUCAUAUUUGGAACUGCUGAUUUGCAUGCUAUGACUAAUCCCAAUUCAGAUCCCGAAAGAUUUCGCCAAUUGAGAAGAGAGGCUAUUGCAAGUAUAUUAUCUGUCGGUAUCGAUCCAAAAAAGGCCAUUAUUUUCCACCAGUCUCAAGUGCCACAACAUUCGGAAUUAUUUUGGUAUUUAACAACAAUUGCGUCAAUUGGGUCCUUGAAUAGAAUGACCCAGUGGAAAUCGAAAGCUAGAAUUGAAGGGUCUAAUAAUUUGGACACUGUGGGUAACGUUAAGUUGGGCUUAUUCGCAUACCCUGUAUUGCAGGCUGCUGAUAUAUUACUUUACAAGUCAACUCACGUACCUGUGGGUGAUGAUCAAACACAACACUUAGAACUAACGAGACAACUGGCUCAGAGUAUCAAUGCAUUAUUCAAAACCAAAUACUUUCCUUUACCAACCACGUUCUAUGCUCCCAGUAAAAAAAUUUUAAGCUUGCUAAAUCCUGAGAAGAAAAUGUCUAAGAGUGAUACAAACCAAUCAGCAGUGAUAUAUAUAAAUGACGAGCCUAAUAUUAUUGCACGAAAAGUUAAAAGAGCUGUAACUGAUUCAAUUCAGAAUGUGUUUAACUACGAUCCAGUAAAUAGGCCUGGUGUUUCAAAUUUAAUUAAUAUUGUUUCGGGAAUCCAAAGAAAGUCCACUGCAGAGGUUGAAUCAGAUAUUAUUAAGCUAAAAAGUCAUAAAGAUCUGAAGGAUUACGUGACUGAAGUGAUUGUAGAAGAGUUAAAGGAACCUCGAGCGAAAUUUUCGAGAUAUAUAGCAGACCAGGGCUAUCUACAGGAAGUUGAGAGACUUGGCUCCGAACGUGCCAGCACAAUUGCUGCUAAAAAUCUCAAAGAUAUUAAGCACUUCCUUGGGUUUUAA